CAACUGCUCGGUUAGCUAGCUGGCUGGCCACUUGUUUUUUAUACUCUUCUUUUUUUUUUUUCCUCUUCCUUCUCUUCUUCCUCGAGUUCUCCAGAACCAGAGAAAAGAGAGAGAGAGAGAGAGAGAGAGGACUUGUAACUUCUUUGAUUCUGAUUUCACAUUGAUUUUUCCGGCACCUACUUUGGGAAGAUCUCAGGCUUGAGCUUGUUGGGUUUUUGUUUUCUUGGCAGUAUUUUUCCUUGAAAAUUUCUGUCAGCUCUUUGACUUGAAUACUGCAUUUGGCUGAAAGAGAUCUAUAAUCUGAGGCCUGGUAGGUUCUGUCGUCUGUGCUUUCUGGGUUGCAGCCGUUUCAGUAUUUUUGUACUUUUUUCUUCAAGUACAAGGCUUUAACUUUGCAGGUGAAUGGGUUGGGUCUGUUUCUUCUGCCAGACGCCAUUGAUUCUUGUGUAAAGCAAAUCAAAGUUAUGGUUUUUCUCUCCACAUGCUCUGUUUACGCGUGGCGGUUGGUGUGAUGCUGGGGUCAGAAUCAGAGAGUUCUAAAGCAGGGUCUGGUCUAGCAAGCUUUUCUCUCAAUUGGGUAUCUAUAAUUUUUGACGCAGAUCGACAGGAAGAAAAAAUCUGAGAGAUCUCUCCAAGAAUUACAGAGUAAAAGAUGAUGAGAAUGAAGACGAAGGCAACAGGGGUGGCACUGUCAGAGUUGAAUGGAAGUUCUGGCAGUGGCGGAAAUGCGUCGGGGCCAGCCGAGUGGGAGCUUAGACCAGGAGGAAUGUUGGUUCAGAAGCGAAAUCCAGACUCUGAUUGCAACAUUGCCCCUCCACCGACAAUUAGAGUUAGGGUCAAAUAUGGGUCCAUUUACCAUGAAAUCAAUAUUAGCGCUCAAUCUUCCUUUGGGGACUUGAAGAAAAUGUUGGCUGGACCGACGGGUUUGCAUCAUCAAGAUCAGAAGCUGAUAUACAAAGACAAGGAGAGGGACUCAAAGGCUUUUCUUGACAUGUCAGGGGUGAAGGACCGAUCGAAGAUGGUGUUAGUUGAGGACCCAAUUAGCCAAGAAAAGCGAUAUCUCGAGAUGCGACGAAAUGCGAAGAUGGAGAAGGCUUCAAAGUCCAUCUCUGAAAUCAGCUUGGAAGUAGAUAGGCUCGCUGGCCAGGUGUCGGCUCUUGAAUCAAUAAUCACCAAAGGUAAAAAAGUUGCAGAACAAGAUGUGCUUACUCUGAUUGAGCAACUGAUGAACCAAUUGCUUAAACUAGACGGAAUCAUGGGCGAUGGAGAUGUGAAAUUGCAGAGGAAAAUGCAGGUGAGGAGAGUGCAGAAGUGUGUUGAAACUCUGGAUAUAUUGAAAGCUAAAAACUCCAUGCCUAGCAGCAAUGGAGGUCAGACUCCAAAGCAAGUUCAGCAGAAGCAUUCUAAUGGGCAUAGACAUGGAGCAAUCCAUCAACAGCCUCAAAGUCAUUACAAUGGAAAUGGGCAUUUGCUAACACCAAUUCAAGAGCAUCAACCAAGGCAUUCAGUUGGAUAUUCACCUUUACAUCAUCAGCAAGGGCAACAACCAUCAAGGCAUUCAGCUUCAGGGCCAGUAGUUGUCACCACACAGUGGGAGACAUUCGAUUCUGCCCCGGCAUUGAUCCCAACCUCUUCGACAGCCAAAUCGGCCUCAGCCACCAAUCAUUCUGGCUAUCCUAAGUUUAAUUGGGAAUCGUUCGAGUAAGCCGGCCGCCACGUAUUGUUUGUGUGUGUGGAUGUGUUUUGAUAUUGUCUCUCCAAUGUGCUUGCUGUCUCUUCUACAUUCUUUUCUGUACUUAGAUGAAAAUGUUUCCAACCCUUUUAAUCUGUCAUUCAGUUCACCAGAAAUAAAUGGGGUUUACUACAAUAGGGAUUUAUUAUCAAUAUGUUCCUUCUUGAGUUCUGUUGUCCUUUGAAUUCAUUUUCCAUUUCUGUGGUUGUGUGUUUUUUAUACUAUAAAGUUGGCUAUCUAUGUGUA